UCUUCCGCAUAAUCCGUCUAUCACGUCCGCCCCAGGGCUCGGUUUAAUUAUUUAAACAUGUAAAUAUGCAGUUUAUAAGUACGACUAAGUGAUAUCGGUGCUCCUUUGAAUUCUUCAUUUUUCGAAAAUAUUUACGAAUACAAAACUGGUGAAUUGGAGUGACUUGAAUUAGAACGAAGGAAUAACAAACGAAAAAUGUCUGAGCUACGUCAAAGAACGGUGGCCGAUGCCACGGGAGGUCGAGCGGGAUCUGUCAACGAAGAUCAGAAAGAACAGGACAUUGAGUCGGAGGAUGAUGGAAAAAUUGAAGUUGACGAGUUGGCCAAGACGCUGCCUCAAGGAACGGAUCACACGCCCAAUAUCCUCUCGACUGCUCUUUCUGGCUUACCUGACCGCUGGAAAAAUUGGAUCAUACGAGGAAUUUUCACAUGGCUGAUGAUCGGGGCUUUUUGUUUCAUCAUUUACUUCGGGCCGUUAGCACUGAUGGUCACUACGCUGGUCGUACAAGUAAAGUGUUUCGAGGAGAUAAUUAACAUCGGUUAUGCUGUCUAUAGGAUUCACGGUUUGCCCUGGUUCAGAUCACUUUCUUGGUAUUUUCUCAUAACUUCAAAUUAUUUUUUCUAUGGUGAGAAUCUCAUGGACUAUUUUGCGGUGGUAAUUAAUCAGACGGAUUACCUCAGAGUCCUCGUAACGUAUCAUCGAUUCAUCUCGUUCAGUCUCUACAUCGUUGGUUUCGUUUGGUUCGUUUUAUCACUCGUGAAGAAAUAUUACAUGAAACAGUUUUCACUGUUUGCCUGGACUCACGUAGCUUUGCUGAUUGUUGUCACCCAGAGCUAUUUGAUCAUCCAAAAUAUAUUCGAGGGCUUGAUAUGGUUUAUCGUUCCAGUCAGCAUGAUUGUGAUAAACGAUGUGAUGGCUUACGUUUUUGGCUUUUUCUUCGGGCGUACUCCACUAAUAAAACUAUCACCAAAGAAAACGUGGGAAGGAUUCAUCGGGGGCGGUAUUUCGACAGUUUUGCUUGGAUUGCUGAUGUCAUACGUACUUUGUCAAUACCGUUACUUCGUUUGCCCGAUCGAGUACAGUGAAGUUUUGGGCCGUAUGACAAUGGACUGUGAACCAUCCAGUCUGUUUCGACCUCAAGAAUACACACUCCCACAAAGUUUACAAAGAACCGCGGAAAUGUUUAACUGGAAAACAAGUCUCACGAUUCAGCCAUUUUUGUUGCACUCUUUGUCAAUGUCCGUAUUUAGUUCUGUAAUUGGUCCAUUUGGAGGAUUUUUCGCGAGUGGCUUCAAGCGAGCCUUCAAAAUUAAGGACUUUGGUGAUAUAAUUCCUGGCCACGGAGGAAUAAUGGAUAGAUUUGACUGUCAGUACCUGAUGGCGACGUUCGUAAACGUCUAUAUUUCGUCGUUCAUUCACACGGCGUCGCCGCAAAAGCUCCUUCAGCAGGUUUAUAGUCUGAAACCGGAACAGCAACUACAAUUCUUUUUGUCGUUGCGUGACACCCUCGCCCACAGAGGAUUACUCAACGCAUCCUAAGUACCGCGUAAUUCUUUCGAAAGGAAAAUAAAAAACAAACUACAAACAACAAACGGAAGAAAUAAAAAAUAUUUAAAUAAAUGUUUAUGCCGAUAGCGAUGGCCCUGCGAUGGUAGUUUUUGAACAAAAAUGCAACAAAUAACUCGAACAGAUUUUCGAGCGCCGUACCGAGAGUCAAAUCUCGAGCCGUGAUAUGAUUUUUUGUUGUAAUUUUGAAAAUUGCAUCGUUGUCGAAUGUUUUUUAGAACCGCUCAAAACAGGGCAAGAUUUAUAAAUUGUUAAAAGAUUUGUUUUGCACUCGUGAUCAUCAAAGCUCUCAGAUAUACGGAAAAUGUUGCCCCUCGUUUCAUUAUUUUUUUUUUACUAGCAAGUUGUAAUAUACCAUAGCUAAGAAGAGAAUAUUUGCUAGCAUUUCAACGAUGCAAAUUUCAAUUGCAUCUUUUUCUUUCUUCACUAUCGAGGUUUUAAGUGCAAUCAUUCCAGUAUUCGACCAGAGUAACGUAUUUAUUAUAUUUUCAUAUUUAUACACACGGUGAAUCUACUUCGGCCCCUUCCCCUUUGCCCCUUUUUAUUUUCAGUACAUCUCCGAGUCAUCGCGUUUUUUGUACUAUUUUUCUGAGUAGCUCUCGUUAGUAUUUCCACAGUUUUUUUUUCCUUAAAAUCGGAAAGGAAAAGAGAAGUUUCUAUAUUAUGUAGAAUUUAUCAUAAAACUGUCGAAUUGCCAAGUAUCAACAUUUUUUUAUUUUUUCAAAUUCUUUAUUUCUCGAUAUUCAUUUUACGUCUAGAUUAUUUAUAACGUAAAGUUGUGUGUAUUUUCUUCUUUUAUUUUGUUCAUAAAUUAUGAUUGGAGCGACGUAGUAUGUACAAAAAUAGUCCAAAUUUUCCGAACGUCUAUUCGAAGAUGCUUGAAAAAACUAGAUCCAAACAGUCAAGCUAAAAGUUCAUAAAAAAUAAAAACUUUUCGUUUUGUUUCGUUUGAAUUGAUAAAAAUCCUCUCAUUCGCGGAUUUUACUUAAUAAAUAUAUUCAUUGAUCUCAGUGUGAAUCGUUUAAGCGUUGGGUGUCAAAAAAAAAAAAAAAACAUUAAAAGGGAAGAAAGAAAACGUCAAGUCGUAGAAGGCCCUCUAAAUUCUUUCGUAUAUCUUUAGAGGGAGGAAAAAACAGAACAAGAAUUGGCAUAAAUUUCACACGAUUGAAGAGUCUCGUUGGUUUUGAUGCCAGAUUCGUAGUUAUCUCCGAAAGUCUCUUAAGGUCAUGAUAUUUCGGUCGAAUCGUAAAUUGAAGAGAAAGAGACAUAACAAAAAAAUUGAAGAAAAAAAAACGAUGAGUGAAAGAGAGCGAUUAGAGUUGUGUGUUCCGAUGUAAUCAUUGUAUAAAUGUAUCUUGCGACCAAAGUUUAUGAAAAAAAAAGAAAUACGUCGACUGGACGCUUUAGCGUCUUGACUGUUAUUAAAAAUUUUCAGAAGACCGUGUUUUUAGAGCCCUCAUUCUUUCUCUUCCUUUUUUUCUCUUCCACUCUCGAAAAAUUGCUUCAAUGACGUAAAAUUCGUUUCUCGCUAUUUCACUGGUUUUCAAUUUUUUUUCAUUUUUCGUUCAUCCAGAACGAAUUAUGAAAAAACGACUUUUUUCAUCCAACUUUGCCAACAAUGACUUAUACAUAGGAAAAUGAACAGAAAGCAUGCAAAAAUUAUUGUUUUUCGAGCUUGAAUCGCUACAUUGAAUUGUCAGUGCUUUUCAAAGCUCUCGCUCUAUUAUUUUUCUUGGUGAAAAAAAACUCUAUUGUGCCACGAAAAGUCGUCGAAAAUGAAGAAAACAUUGAGACGAAAGAAACGCGAUAUUUUGAUGUUUGAAUUCGUAAGUCUGCGUUUAUUUGUACAAAGCACUUUUAUUAUUGUGUGGCGAAAUGGGACUUGAAGAUUUUUUGAACCCAACUAGAGUGAGAAAGAAAGUGAGAAAGAGAGAGAGAGGAAACACUAGAAAGUUGAGAAUGGUAAUUAUGUACACAUAUAUAUGUAUAUGGGUCAUUCCAUACCAAACCGACCAAUCCAUGACCCCGACCAUUUUUGAUUUUGCUGAAAAUUUUCUAUUAUUUUGUAACUACUGAAAGAAGUCGUUUCUAAUUUUUUUAGAUUUUUUCCCCAACUCAUCUGAUCACGUUAAAUUUUUCAAAAUUUCGUACAAUUUUUUUGUGAACGCCCAUAACUUCUGCAAUAACAGAGAUAUCAAAAUAGAAUAGUAGGUCAUUUUUUUCGUCUUGAGUUGUAGUUUUAUGAAAAAAAUUUAAAAAAAAAUAUCAAAAUGAAUGUUUAUACUUUUUUUUCAGUUUUUAACCAAUAUAUUUUUUUUCAAACUUGGACCAUCUUGAUUUUUUUCAAAAAAUUCACCACAUUUUAAUAGACCUUUUUACACACGCAGAAAAAUUUUUAGCUUGUGAUAUUCAUAACUUGUUACUUUUUUUUUUCUAUUUUUUACCUCGUGUCAAGCAAAAAAGCGUUUUUCCUCCUUGAAUGGACAACGCAAGUAAUGGAGAAGAGACAUUCCGCUUCAUUUUUUUUUUUUUUUAUUGUCUACGUCUACGACCUUUUUUGUGGUUAUUACGUCAUUUCAAAAACGUCCGUUUUUUUACCCUUUUUAUUUCUUUCUAGAUACAAUUUUUUAUCAUCAAUUCUGCGAACGAGUCCUCGAAGGUUCUUAGCUUCAAUUUUGUAAUUGGAAAAAUUUAUUGCAAUCAUUUUUUGCAGAAUUAUCACGUUUUUACAAAAAGAAGACAAAUUUUCUAAACUGUCGCGUACCACCAGAACUUUUAGGUUUUACAGGAUAUUCCAAAAAUAAAAAAAGUUGCGUUUGUAAUUGUUUUAGGCAUAGGAAUUUUUUAAAUAUUUUUUUUCAGAAAUUUCUUCCUUCAUUAUUUUUUAAGUAGAACCUCGAGUACAUCGAAUAUCGUAACUCGAAAACGAUGAGGUUUUUUUUAUGAAAUUUUGAUAGAAAAAGAAAUUUUUUUUUCCUUUUCCAAUUCAUUAAAAUUCGAAGAUUUUAUCAAUAAGGUUUUCAAGAUAUUUAUCAAUGAAAAAUUCAAAUAUAAAAAUGAAUCUUCUUUUACUUUAGAUAUUCUAGCACGUCUCCAUAGUUCACAAAAAACCCGGAUCAACGCCGAGAGUAAAUAUUUCAGGUUAAAAAAUUUUUAGACAAUAACGUGAUGAAAUUCUAAUGAAUUAAAAAUAAAAAACGAUUAUUUUUUUCCCUGUUAAAAUUUCAUUUAAGUUUUCUGAAUUUUUGUCCGGAAACUUUGCCCCGGUAGUAUACGUAGCGAUUUAUAUGUGUUCAAACCGAUUAAUAUAUACAAUUGGAAUAAUUUUGAAUCAAAUCACUCUACUUGCGGUGUCCAUUCAAGGAGGAAACACGCUUUUCCGCUUGACAUGUGGUAGAAAAUAGAAAAAAAAAGUACCAAGUUAUAUAUGAAUAUCACAAGCUAAAAAUUUUUCUACAUGUAUAAAAAAGUCUAUUAAAACGUGGUGAAUUUUUUGAAAAAAACCAAAACGGUCCAAGUUUGAAAAAAAAUAUAUUUUUGGUUAAAAACUAAAAAAAAAGUAUAAAAAUUCAUUUUGUUAUUUUUUUUAAAUUUUUUUCAUAAAACUACAACUCAAGACGAAAAAAAUGACCUACUAUUCUAUUUCGAUAUCUCUGUUAUUGAAGAAGUUAUAGGCGUUCAUAAAAAAAUUGUACGAAAUUUUGAAAAAGAUAUUGUGAUCAGAUGAGUUGGGGAAAAAAUCUAAAAAAAUUAGGAACGACUUAUUUCAGUAGGUACACAAAAUAAUAGAAAAUUUUCAGCAAAGUCAAAAAUGGUCGGGGUCACGGAUUGGUCGGUUUGGUAUGGAAUGACCCAUAUGUUUUAAACUAAUUGUAUGUUUAAGUUUAAAAAUACGAUAAUAUAUUUAUGUAGUGAACAAAGGAGAGAAUAAAUAUUAUCUCGGUAAAGUGGACGAUGAAAACGUUCCAGAAUAAUUAUAAA